AGGCCGUGGAGCAGAGAAAAGGCGGCGGCCGGCCGGGCUGAGGGCAGCGCACCGGCUCCGGGAGGCGAGGCGGAGAGCCGGCCGGCAACCGGACAGUGCGGAGUGUCCGAGGCCAGACCGUAGGCCUCACGGUUCCGAACUGGCCUGGCCAUUAUGGAGGAGGAGCUGCAGCACUCACACUGUGUGAAUUGUGUCAGUAGGCGAUGUAUGACCAGACCAGAGCCUGGGAUUUCCUGUGACUUGAUUGGUUGUCCAUUGGUUUGUGGAGCAGUUUUCCAUUCUUGUAAAUCUGAUGAGCAUCGACUUUUAUGUCCAUUUGAACGAGUACCCUGCUUAAAUAGUGACUUUGGAUGUCCAUUUACCAUGGCCCGAAAUAAAGUUGGUGAACAUCUAGAAGUGUGUCCUGCAAGUGUUGUGUGCUGUACUAUGGAAUGGAACCGAUGGCCAGUCAGUUAUGCAGACCGGAAGUCCUAUGAAAAUCUAAGCAGAGAUGUUGAUGAAGUGGCACAGUUAGAUAUGGCCUUAGCCCUUCAAGACCAAAGGAUGCUUUUAGAGUCUCUCAAAGUAGCCACCAUGAUGUCAAAAGCAACUGAUAAAGUAUCUGAACCUAGCGAACAGAUCUCAGUGAAAUCAAGUGUCCCAGAAAUACCACGUGCUAAUGGUUUGGUAUCUGUUGAUGAAGAAUCUUAUGGUGCACUUUAUCAAGCUACUGUAGAAACAACCAGAAGUUUGGCUGCUGCUUUAGACAUCCUGAAUACUGCCACAAGAGACAUUGGCAUGUUAAAUGCAGGUCUUAAUGCUACUGCAGAUGCAGUGAAGGAGGAGCAGAAUGCCAGAGAAAGCUUACAGGAGGUAAAUCUAAAAGACCAGGACCACUUAUAUGAGGAUGAGCUUGGGGCAGUAGGUGGAAUUGACACUAAUGGCACAACUCAGAAUGCCCAGUCUGAACAAAAUGGUUCAAGUGACUUAUUAUGUGACUUGAAUACAAGUUCUUAUGACACUUCUGCUCUUUGUAAUGGCUUUCCUUUGGAAACUAUAUGUACACAGGUCAAAGACCAUGAUCAGAAUUUAACAAAUGGAGAAUGUGUGGCAGCAGAUGGUACUUCAGAACCUUCCAGUUCACUUUUGGUAGCAGCACAACUUAAGGAAGUACUUCCAUCCAACGCUUUGCCUAAUGGCACAGUUCAGCAUAUCAUCAUGCCAGAUGGUGAAGAUGAAGAACUGUGUUGGAAAAAAGUAGACUUAGGGGACCUGAGGAAUGUAGAUGUCUUAUCGAUCAGUCAUACUCCUUCAUUCAAGUUUCUUUCUGAUUCGUAUUGGUCUAAACCAAAGGAAGACAAAGCAGUGGAUACAUCAGAUUUGGAAGUAGCAGAAGAUCCCAUGGGCCUCCAAGGAAUAGAUCUGAUUACAGCAGCAUUACUGUUUUGUCUGGGGGAUUCUCCAGGUGGGAGGGGCAUAUCUGAUAGUCGAAUGGCUGACAUAUAUCAUGUUGACUUUGGGACUCAGACUUUUUCACUUCCAUCUGCGAUAUUAGCCACAGAUACAAUGGUUGGGGAAAUAGCUUCAGCUUCAGCCUGUGAUCAUGCCAACCCUCAGCUUUCAAAUCCAAGUCCUUUUCAGACACUUGGGUUGGAUUUAGUUUUGGAAUGUGUUGCUAGGUACCAGCCUAAGCAGCGUUCAAUGUUUACCUUUGUGUGUGGACAGUUAUUUAGAAGAAAAGAAUUUUCUUCACAUUUUAAGAAUGUGCAUGGUGACAUUCAUGCUGGACUCAAUGGAUGGAUGGAACAGAGGUGCCCUUUAGCUUAUUAUGGUUGUACCUAUUCUCAGCGUAGAUUCUGUCCAUCAACACAAGGAGCAAAGAUUAUACAUGACCGCCACUUGAGGUCAUUUGGAGUUCAGCCACGUGUAUCGACAGUAUUAGCAGAGCCUGCUAGAAACUGUGUGCUGGGAUUACAUAGUGACCAUUUAAGUAGCCUUCCUUUUGAGGUGCUGCAACACAUCGCAGGCUUUCUUGAUGGUUUCAGUUUAUGCCAGCUUUCAUGUGUGUCCAGGCUAAUGAGGGAUGUGUGUGGCAGUCUACUUCAGUCUCGUGGAAUGGUCAUACUGCAGUGGGGGAAAGAGAAGUACCCAGAAGGAAAUUCAUCAUGGCAGAUAAAGGAAAAGGUGUGGAGAUUCAGUACUGCAUUUUGUUCUGUUAAUGAGUGGAAGUUUGCUGACAUCCUAAGCAUGGCUGACCACUUGAAGAAAUGCACUUACAACGUCAUAGAGAAACGGGAGGAAGCAGUUCCAUUGCCAUGUAUGUGUGUGACUCGAGAACUCACUAAAGAAGGACGUUCGCUGCGUUCAGUGUUAAAACCUGUUCUUUAAAAACUAACUUUACUUGCACAUACAUGCAAGCACUUGGUAUGAUUUCUUUGUAAUGUGUGACACUUUGUUAAUGUAUUAAAGACUACAACUAGCUAAAUUUAUUGUCACUAUGUAUAUAAUGUUUUGAAGUGACAUAUAUUUUUAUAAACUAUUGUUUAGUUGGAAAAAAGUUGCCUUAAUGUUUGAAAUGUGUGAAAAUUUUGAAACUUGCUGGACAGGGUGAUCUAAUUUUUAGCUUCAGAAUUUUCAAAAUUGCCUUUUGUAAUGGUGUGCAUAUUUUGGUUCUGAAAUUUUUGCUUUUUGGGCUAAAAAGAUCCUGACCAAACAAUUCCUCAAGUUUUCUGUGGGUUAAAACCCAUAUCAUCAAAAAGCAAAACAGUUCAAAUUUUCAGUAUGGAUUGUUUUUCAGAUGAACACUUUUAGUUGUUUAAGCACUGCCAUAAGACACUAUACCAUUUUCUAGCACUCUCCUUUUACAACUCUGGAUGCACAGGUGACCUCCAGUAUUUAUGUUGUGCUGAAAGUCAAAAUAAUACUGUACCAUUCUUUAGCCUUCUCCUCCUUCAUCUCUCAGUGCGUAGGUGACCUCCAGUACUUACAUUAUAUUUAAAAUCAAAAUAAUGUUAAGUAAUGCCAUUCAUGAUUGCAAAAUAAUUCACUAAGAUGUUUUCAUUUUGUAUUCUUAGAGCUUAUACACAGAGAGUCAUCAGAGACAGGUCUGUCUUAUCAGAUGCCAUGUCCAGAGUUUUGGCAGUGUGACAGGUUAAACCAAUAACCAGAAGACAGAAAGCAAGCCUGUGAACUUAAUUUGAUGUUAUACAUGAUGUUUUAUAUUUGCUGGAUAUCUGAUGUUUAAAAAAUAUAUAUAUACCUCACUUUGAGUUUGAAUUUGGCAUAUUGUGUGAAUAAAUUUAAAAUAUCUAGAAUGCAAAGGGCUUAAUUAUUUUUUUUUGAAAAGUCUUUCAAAAAUUUGGUUUUUGACAUUUAUAAAACUGUAAAGACAUUGUUUUAAUGCCUUCUUUGUAAGGUAACAAUCAGGCAGAAACUUGCCGUGGUUGACAAUCUCGGAAACAUUUCCAAGUUUAUGUUUCAUGCACUUCUUUAUCAGAAAGUAAGAGUUGUAUCUUUUUAUAAAGAUAAAGUAUGGUAAUGAAAUAUUCAGACCUAUUCUUGAAACAUUUUAUUAUAGUUUUAAAUUGAUUUUCACAAUUAUUGUUGUGAUAUAUUCACUUUGAAAAGUGAACAUACACGUUGUGUCAGUAUUUAGAAAUUAAUUGCACAGAUGGAAGCAAGUACCUAAAUAAUUUAUCCAGAAAAAUUCUGGUAUUGGGUAAGCUAAAGUGGUCCUGAAUGUGAAAACUCAGUGUAUCUUCCUUUUCUACUUUGUCUUGAGAGUGCAUUGUGAUAACUGGUUUGUGUUUCCUAUAGGUGACAAUCAGGCUGGUAGAGGCAUUCCUUGGGCAUUGGAAAAUUCUAAACUGCUUAAGAUUGCUUUUGGUUGGAUCAAGUACUUAUCAUAGUUGAAAAGUAUAGCAUUAGAGACUAAUCAGUUGCUUUGCCCCAUUUGCCAUUUCACUUAGGAGAAUACUCAUUUCCCAGUGCUUAACACUUGUUCAACUGUGAGAUUGAAUUACAUAAAGGAAAAAUGAACUAUUUCUGUCAAAACAACAACAGAAAUAAGGCUAAAUAGUGUAAAAUACUACUAUGCCUUUUAGUUUUGCUGAAGAAGAAUGUGUUCAUGGUUAGGAUAAACAUAAGCAUUAACCUUUUAUUUAUGGUUAUGCUUUUUUAAAUUCAUGGCUUGUAAAUUUAGAUUUAUUCUUUUCACACUGGAUUGAAUGAGAUUUUUUUUCCACCUUCUAUUAAUUUUACACAUCUUUUUCUGGCCUCCUUUUUGCUUGUUAUGCCACCAUACUAUUUUGUUUAAAUGAUUUCUUUUUACAUUUGUUCAAGUUCUAAUAAAAUUAUAUGGCUCACUAACUCAAAAAGAAAAACUUUGAUCUAAAUAAAUUUUAAUACAUGUUCAACACA